AACAAAGUCUCUCUUUACUCGCUCGCAGCUCGCAGAACCCAACCUCCUCCCAUUUUCUGAAAUUACAUACCAUUUUCGCUUGUGUUUUUGGGUUUCUCUCUCGCACACUCUGUCUCUCUCUCUCUCUCUUUCUACUCUUUGGGUCUCCCUGGCUUCAGGGUAUCAGUGCGCACCAAAUGUCUUUGGAUCUCUACAAGAAAGAUUUGUCAAUUUUUCGGUCCGAUUUUAGUUUCAUGGUUAGUGUGAAGCUCUGGUGCUGGCGGAGGGUCUUGUUUCGACAUUGGAGAUGACAGAUUGCUUUUCAUUUGUGGGAAGUAUCAUUUUAAUUGCAGUCUAAAGUAGAGUUAGUUCAUUGUUUCUGUGGAAGGGAUUUUGGUUACUUGUUGGUUAAGGUACAGGGUAUUACGCAUUGUCAUCUCCGCUGCUCGUGAGGAAUUUGUAUACUGGGUUUCUGAAGUUAUGGGAUUGAGGGACAUUAUUUGGAAUUUCUUAAUGGCGGAAGGAUCUCGGCUGCCUCCUGGGAUUCGAUUUCGUCCAGAAGAUGACGAGCUGGUUGUGCACUAUCUAAAGAUGAAAGUCAUGGGUAAAAGGCCCCGUUUUGAAUUGAUUUCAGAGGUUGAUAUAUACAAAUUUCCCCCUUGGGAUCUUCCAGAGAAAUCUAUUUUGGGAAGUGAGGAUUUGAAAUGGUACUUCUUUUGUCCAUUGAAGAAAAAAUAUUCAACUGGGGAUAGAAUGAAUCGCACUGCUGAAUGUGGGUUCUGGAAAGUCACCGGAAACGAUAGACCUGUUCAUCUCAAAGAAAAAUUGGUGGGGCAUAUAAAAACAUUGAUUUUCCAUGAAGGAAGAGCAAAAGGGGCACGGACAGAUUGGGUUUUGCAUGAGUACAGACUUGAAGAUAAGAAUUUGGCCGAGAGAUACAUUCAGAACAACAAAUAUGUGCUUUGUGUGAUUUUCCAAAAGGACGGCCCAGGCCCAAGAAAUGGUGCUCAAUACGGAGUACCAUAUAAGGAGGAAGAUUGGAAUGAUGAUGAGGAAGUUGGCGGUGUAGAAUCUGGCCCUUAUACUGGUUUGUCUACCCCAGCCUAUAUGCUGCCUAGUAAUUGUAACUGUUCAGUUGCUACUGGCACCUUGCAAUUGGGUAGCACAGUUUCUGAGUCAUGUUUGCCUGAAACCAUGCCAUCCCGAUAUGAGGGGAUUCCAGCAGUUGGCUGUGUAGAAUCUGGCCCUUAUGCUGGUUUGUCUACACCAGCCUAUCUGCUGCCUAGUAACUGUAACAGUUCAGUUGCUACUGGCACCUUGCAAUUGGGUCGCACAGUUUCUGAGUCAUGUUUUUCUGAAACCAUGCCAUCCCACUGUGAGGGGCUUCUGGCAGUUCAUGCCAAUAAUGCUGUUUUCAAGGAAUCGGGCGAUGGUGAUAUCCUUUCAACGGUUCUCGGUAAUAAUGUUGUUUCAAAGGAGCAGCAUCAAAAUUUUGGUGAUGAUGAUAUUCCUUCAAUGAUUGCAUGCUUCACAGAGGACAAUGCUUUGGUUUGGAAUGAAGAUGACAAAUAUAAGAAUCCCGGUCAUGGUGGAAGUGAUAUUGAUGCUGCACUUGAUCCUGAUAUUUUCAAAGACUUGGAAGAUCUGUCUGAUUCUGGCCUUUAUUUUGAAAUGAAUGAUCUCGAUAAGCCGCUGGAUAAUUCUUCUGCAUUUCCACCAUAAAAUUCUGUUAGCAAGUGUUCUUGAAAACAAACGUAUCGUGUGAUGGAUUUAAUUUUCUUCUACAUGAACUUUAAUUUGCUCUAUUUCACAUGUAAUAAUCUGCCAGAUUUGCCUUGGCUUAUUUGCUCUCUAUUAAUUUACUAGAUGUUCCCUUCCCAAAAAAAAAAAAAAACCAAUUACUAGAUUCUUGUCUUAUUACACUGUAAAUAGGUCUUCAGUGUUCAUAAAUUUCGCUCAAAAUUUCACUAUAAUUUUCUUCAGGUUGUAUUUCUCUUUUUAAGCCUUUUUUCUACA